AUGGAAGAACGCAGCGUUCACAGCAGUAUCAGUGAUAUAAAUAGUGAGGAGCCAGCUAAGACUGAACCAAUAAAUUUACCGAGAAAAAAAAGAAUAUGUUUAGUGGGCUUGGCCAGCACUGAUCCAGCACUAGGAACUGCUGCUCAGAAGUUUGGUGUCCCAGUUCUAAAAUCAGAAACAGGAGCUGAGUAUAUUGACGAUACUACUUAUUGUACGUACUUUGUGCUCAAGCAUUUUGAAGGAUCUGAAUAUGAAAUCUUACACAAAAGCCCUCAUAGAAUUCUCGGGCCUACGGCUCUCCUCCAAUUGGCGGACAAAAAAGAAUCUUUACCGAGUAUCAAUAGACCGAUGUACUCAAGAUCAAUGUUGGGGACCGUUGUAGUAUUUACAGGCUUUAGAAAGAAAGAUGAAUUGACUAGGCUCAUCAAUAUGAUUCACAGUAUGGGUGGUAGUAUUAGAAAAGAAAUGGGUGCUAAAGUGACUCAUUUAAUAGCUAAUUGUUGUGGUGGUGACAAAUAUAGAUAUGCUGUUACAUUUAGGGUGCCAAUAAUGUCAAUGAAUUGGGUUGUUGCACUUUGGGAUGCUAAAAAUGACGCAACACGUUAUGGAAACAAUGACGACGUGAUAAAUCAUUUUAAGUUAAAACCAUUUUUUGGUGCACGAGUAUGUUUCUUCGGAUUUCCGGAAGAUGAAAAGAGACAUAUGUGUGAAGUGUUACAGCAACAAGGUGGCGAGCCCACUGAAAUUGACGAUCCUGAGUGUAGUCACGUUAUCAUCGACAUAAACAGGGACUAUCUCAUCGAAGACUAUCACCUAAAACUGCAAAAAAAAUUGAGCUCUUAUUCAGAUGAAAAUUCACCUCCUAGUCACAAUAAAACAUUCACUUAUUACGAUUCACAAUCCUUUAAAUUGCACUCUAUAGGCCCUAAUGAUGAUGAUUGCGAGUCUAUUAACAGUAGAAUCAACAGUGUCAGCUCACUGAUGACUUUAGACUCUGUUAAUUUCGAUAAAUAUCCAGCUAAUAUUAUCACCAACAGUAUUAACGAUAUCAGCUGUCAAGACUCUCCAAUAUCUCUUGAUUUUAACUCUCGAUCUGAUUCUCCCGGUUUUGUUGACGAGCUUGACUUCCAAAGCGAAUCAAUCCGCGCCUCUUCACCCUCAAAAUCUCCCUCGCUUGCCUAUAGAGUUAAAAAUUCACCGUCUUUAAUAAAUAAUCGCAAAUUGAUAGCUAGUGAUCUUAGAACAACACAAAGUAUACGACGUUACGUUAAAUGGAAGAAAUUUAAAUCUUGUUUUUCACUCCCGCAAAUGACGAUGAAUCAAUCGCGAUUCUCUAAAACCCAAUCAUUCAACGGGUCGUUUAAAAAAUAUCCCGAAGAGAAUUUAACAAUCGAGGAUAAAGCCAAAACGUUCCACGUUAAUCGCCAGUUUUCAUUACAAACUCAUUAUCAUUAUAAUAAAUAUAAUUACCGUAGAAAUUCAUUAUUAACUUCACUGCAAGACAUUACACUCGGUCCAUCAUUUAAACACACAAUGCACAUAAAUAAUAAUAUUUGCAAUGAUUUAAAUUUAAACACUGGCACAUAUAAAGUCAAUCUAAUUAAAAACAAACGAUCGUUAUCAUGUGGCUCGCUUUCUAUGGAAAUUAAAAAAAAUAAAUUAUCAUCAUCGGCUUCUAAUUUAUUCGAACAUUCUGAGGGCUGUAAUUUCAUUGAUAACAUACCAGAUGACUGUAAUACUGAUUCACUGAGAGAGAAAUACAACAAGCAGGAGGAUCGGCUAUUUAGGAUGGUUGUUGAUGAAUCUAAUGUCAAUACAUUACCCGACUUGGCGUCAGUGCGUGCUUACAUUGUAAAAGCCGAGUGGUUUUGGACUUCGGUGCAAAAUGAAGGCGCUGCUGAUGAAAAAGAAUAUCUUUUUGAGGAUUAUCUGGAAUCAAUGCUAUCACCUAAUGCAUCAAUACGCAAAGAUAGUCAACAAGCUGCGACACCAACGACAGCAUCAACUAGAAGAAAACGCAAACGUCUUGCUGAAACAUUGUCAAGUCUGGUGCAAAAUGGUGCCGAUUCGCCGGCUGUACAUAAAAGAAGAUCCAGCAUCAGUGAUGCAGGUCAUCUGAGUGUUAGUGGAAGCUUCUUAGAUUGCACUGCGAGUCCUGAUAAGCAGAUGCUAGAUGAUAUUCCAGAAGUAGAAGCAGUAAAUACAGAAACGGCUCGUAAAAAUUUAUCGCCACGUCAUCAAGUGUUUUUGGAAUUAGUACAGACAGAAUCUAAUUACGUUGGCAUCCUUAGCACAAUAAUGACCUUGUUCAAAUCGCCUUUGGAGGAUUACAUCGAAACAAGCAACGAAUUAUUAAAUAGUACAGAGGCUAAAAUAAUAUUUGGUAAUUUUCCACCGAUAUACGAAGUUCACAAAAAAAUGUUAGAAGAGCUACGAUAUAGUGCGGCACACUGGACUGAAGACAUAAGUAUAGGAAAUAUAUUUUUAAAAUAUGCGCCGGAUUUAAUGAAAGCGUAUCCGCCGUAUGUUAAUUUUUUUGAGAACACAAAAGAAAUGUUGGAGCAGUGCGAUCAAAAUAAACCACGAUUUCACGCAUUCUUGAAGAUAUGUCAAACAAAACCAGAGUGUGGUAGACAGAGUUUGAAAGAAUUAAUGAUAAAGCCUGUACAACGAUUACCCAGUAUUAGUUUAUUAUUAACGGAUAUUCUUAAGCACACGAAUAAAAAUAAUCCGGAUCACAGUGCUUUAGAACUGUCAAUCAGUAGUAUUAAAGAGGUAAUGACGUAUAUUAAUGAGGAUAAAAGAAAAACAGAAGGUCAAUUAGCUAUGUUUGAUAUCUUCAAUGAAAUAGACAACUGUCCGCCCCAUCUAGUCUCGUCGCAUCGUUCGUUUAUCGGUAAAUGUGAAGUUAUGGAACUGAGUGAAGGUUUAAGUGGUCGUGGCGAUCAUUUAGUUUUAUUUUUAUUCACUGAUACUCUUGAGAUAUGUAAAAAACGUUCUAAGGCUUUUAAUUCACUCAAGAGUCCUAAUACGGUCAAUGGAUUACAUGCUGUUAAACUUAAUCAGGGUAAACCAUAUAAACAUAUUAAAUUAUUGUCAUUAAGUACCAUUAAAAAAGUGGUGGACAUUCGUGAAACUGAUGAAUGUCAAAAUGUAUUUGCCCUGAUGGUUAGAAAUAAUCAAGAAUUGAAAGAAAAGCUGUACUCGUUUACGAUAACCGACGAGGAAGUAAAUAAAUGUAAUUAUUUACGGACUUUGUGCAGACAAAUGGCCAAUACAGUUUGCAAAGCCGAUGCCGAUACUUUCCUUAUAAGUCUCGAUUCACAUCAACUUGAAAUCGAUACCAGUGACGUCGCACUGGGGACAUUAAGUAAAGCAUUUAAGUUUGCAUCGCGUACCAGGAUGAAAGUUGGCAGAGCAUUCAGCUUCAAUAAAACGCCGAGCAAAUUAAAAAGAGCCAUGUCCACGAUGAUGUCGCCUUUCGGAUCAACGAACAGCCUUACACCAGCGAGCCAGCAACUUGCUCAAAUGCGUUUGGCAAGUUGUAAUAAUAUUAACGAACUGGGCAAUGGUGGUACAGAUUCGCCGUCUAGAGAUGAAGUUCUUGUAGCUCCGAUGUCGGUUCAGCCGACCAGAAAGGCUAAGUGCAGCUCCUUGAGUAUGGCUUCAUUACGAAGAAACUGUUCAGAGGAAACGAUUCAAGAAAAAACAAACGUUUGA